AUGCGCGCAACUACCCUCUCACUCGUCGCGACCUUCGCCGUGACUACGCUGGCACAAGAUUCCUUUAGCCUGGGGGCACCAACUGUUUCUCUUACUAUCGCCGAUCCUACAGAAACUGGUACCAUCGGAUUCACAGACACGAACGAGAAUACUCCCACUGGCGAUGCCAGUCUCUCCUCCUCAGUCGCACCCACCGCUUCCACUAGCGACUCCGACUCAGUCUCCAUCGUACCAACUGGGCACCCAACUGGACACCCUUCCAAGACUGGAUCAGAGCAUCAUUCUUCGCAUGAUGGCAGGGUCACAGUCACCGUUACCGAGUCUAACUGCGUCGCUACGCCUACGAACACAUUCAGCCACGGUCAUACAAAGAGCCAUUCCAAUGGGACAGCUGUUGCGACGAAGACUGGCGGGGGAAAGGUUACGACUGCCUUGUUGAGCCAUGUUGGUUCCACCGCUGCUGUGCCCACUAAACCUCUCCCAAGCAACCCUGUGCCAGUAUCCGGAGCUGGGAAGAUGAGAUUGGGAGCGGGAGUGAUGGGGUUGGUUGCAUUGGUUGCUGGGAUGCAGUUGCUUUGA